AUGUCAAAAACACCUACAUGUACACCUGACAAAACAUAUAGUUUUACUCCUAAAGAAAUUACAACGCCUAAUAAAGAUUGUCCUGGUAUUUCCAGAACUGUUUUUACACAUGUCACCAAUCUACAUAGUUUGUUAUGUGAUUGGGAAAAAUUGAAAGAAAAGGGCACAAAAACCUGUAAGGGUGUAUCAGCUUUAAAGUUGUAUGAGUGCACUGACGAUUAUUACCCUCAUCAGUUGGAACCGUUAAUGAAUCUUCUUUUGGAAGCUUUAAAGGGACUCCAAAAUAUUGUAGACAGUGUCCACAUAAUUAACAGUCAGUUGCAAGCUCUGUCUCAACUGGAAAAGACAACAAUAGGAGUAAUAUUUACGUGGUCUGCUCAACGUAUUUCCACAGCAGUGAAUGACAUAUAUAAUGCUUUGUGUAAAGAAAUUAAGCUGAAGCAAACAAUUACAGAAAACCUUGCACAUUGUAGAAAUGAAAGCCUUAUAGAAGUUUAUGUUAGUGCGUGGGAAUUAGAAGCGUAUUACAGCACUGACAUGAGUGCUUACCUAUUUUCUGACAUUGGACUGUCUGGUGUUACCUAA